AUGACCUUAAGCAGAAAGAUGUCUUCUUUUGUCUUUGCCUUUUUCAUUUUGGCUCAAUUUCUAUCAGGGUGCCAGGCAGGACUGGAGUAUUCUGAGCCACUUCCAGGAGGUGAGUUUUCUCCUUGUGAGCCGUGCUGGCUGGGCCGGGGAAAAUGCAGGAGGAUGUGUACCGAGGACGAGAAGGUUAUUGGACAAUGCAGGAUGAACUUCUUCUGUUGCCGACCGAAGAUCAAAUGA